CACAAAUUCCUUUCCAACCCUUUUGUUUAUUUUUUAAAAUUAUACAUCACCCUUCCCUUUUUUUUCUUCCAACUAUUUUUGUUCUGAUCUGAUUCUAAAAUUCAGAGAUGGGUACUUUUUGUGAUGAAAUUGAAGCUAACACAAAACAGGUCCAAAAAUGCAGUAGCAAGAAAAUGGAAGUAGAUGAAGGUGUGAAUUUGAACACUGUGGCAUGUUUAAGAGGGAGAUUACUAGCUGAGAGACAAGCUUCAAAAGUAGCUAAGGAAAAAGCAGAAUCAAUGGCAAACAAAUUGGUUGAGUUAGAAAAGUUGGUUAAAGAAGAGAUCAAAUUAAGAGAUAAAUCUGAGAGAAAGCUUAAAUUUUUAAGGAAAAAGCUUGAAUCUUUAAGCAUAUCUUCCAAAUCAAGACAAUUGGGUCAUUCUGAUUCAUCGCGGAAUUGUGAAAAUUCUUCUGGGUCAUCAUCGUCAAUUUGUUCAAAUUCCAAAUUUUCAAAAAAAAAGGAAACCCAAAAUUGUGCAAAAAAUACAACUUUGAAAGAAAAUGUUGUGCCAAAUCACAAUGUUUCAGGGACACAGUAUAGUUCAUCCACUACAAAAGAUUGUGAUUAUCAUAUUACUGAUAAUUCAAGUAGCAAUUAUUCAGAACAUGCAUGGUUAUUCUUCUUCACAAAUUCUGAACCAGAAUCCAAAUCCAAGCUCCGAGUCUGAGGAUUUGAAGAAUGAUGAAAGUAUGUAAUAUUAGAUUAGAUUUGAAGAUGUGAUUUUUUUUUGUUGUUGUUGAAGAAAUUUGAAUAUGUGAAUUGAAUGUUUGUUUGUUGAAGAAAUUAGAGUAUAUUAGAUGAAAUGUUUUUGUA